AUGACGCUCCUGAUGCGUGGCCGCCGUGCGGAACUGCUGGUGGCUUUGGCUGUAACGGCGUACCUGUUCAUCUGUCCCUUCGCAAAAGUUGAGGAGAGUUUUAAUCUACAGGCAACGCACGAUCUACUGGCAUUUGGGGUGCGCAAUGUAGACAAGUUUGACCAUGUGGAGUUUCCAGGGGUAGUUCCUCGCACCUUUUUGGGCUCCUUGGUGGUGGCGGGUGUGAGUCGCCCCAUUGUUUGGGUCCUUGAAACUGUUGGGGGCCCGAAGUUCUGGAUGCAACUGGCAACGCGCUGGGUAUUGGGGAUGAUGACACUAGGAAGCCUGGUCUUCUUCAGUGACGGCGUGGGAAUGCGAUUCGGUCGUGACGUGAGUCGGUUCUUGCUGCUGAUCUGUGCCUGCCAGUUCCAUUUGCUGUUCUACAUGACGCGCACUCUACCCAAUGUGUAUGCGCUGGCACUGGUGCUGCUUGGACUGGGUUUCUGGCUUCGGUGGCAGCGUUGUGUGUUCCUGUUCACCUUCACGACGGUAGUAUUCCGAGCAGACACGAUCGUCUUGUUCGCUCCCUUAGUGCUGAGUAUGCUGCUGUCGCGCCGAGUGUCUUUCUUGCGGAUGAUUGGGUGGGGACUGUCGUCGGGGAUGGUGUCUCUAGCUCUGACAGUGCUAGUGGAUUCUUACUUCUGGCAACGAUGGCUGUGGCCUGAGGGCGAGGUGCUGUGGUUCAACACGGUGCAGAACAAGAGCAGCGAGUGGGGGGUGAGUCCACCGCUGUGGUAUUUUACCUCCGCACUGCCGCGUGCUCUACAGAUGACAGCUUUGCUCAUCCCGCUUGGCCUCAGGUUCGUCACUUUACUUCCGACACUCCUGAGGAGCCGCUCGUUGCACGAUAUUACGUGGUCAUUUAAGACGGCGCCGUUUCUCGACUGGAGCGUCUUUUCUCUGGUGUGGCCUGUGUUCGUCUACCUGGGACUCUUCUCGCUCCUACCUCACAAGGAGCUGCGCUUCAUCUUCAAUGCGAUCCCUAUUCUGAACAUGGUGUCAGCUGUGGGACUGGCCAAGCUGUAUCGCAGCAGAAGCAAGGCGCUUCUUCCGUUUGUUGGUGCUGUCGGAUGCCUCUUCGUCACAAUCCUCGGCACUUUGUUCCUGCUCACGGCCGCUCAGUCCAAUUACCCAGGUGGUGAAGCGUUCGUGCGAUUGCACCAAAUCGCUGCGAAGGAGCGUGACUUGCCUCGCAGUGUUCAUAUUGACGUUCCUGCUGCGAUGACGGGGGUGUCUCGUUUUGGAGAGGAGUUCCCCACUUGGAGGUACUCCAAGGACGAGUCAGUAGCUACCACUGAGCAGCUCAAGCAGUAUGACUAUCUACUGACAGCCAAGGACCCGACACCGCUGGAAGACGAUUUCCAGUACAUCGCAGGCUUUAGCGUCUUUGAAGGUGUCCGACUAGUUGACCACCGGAUCACUCUCAAGACUAAGAAACUGCUUUUCCUCAUGCGCAAGAGGACCAUGACACAGGGCCAGGUGAAGUAG